AUGGCAGAGAUUAAACUUGAACACAUCACAAAACGUUUUGGGGAUGUCGUUGCCGUAGACGACGUGAAUCUUGAAAUCCACGACCAAGAGUUUGUUGUUUUCGUAGGUCCCUCAGGAUGUGGAAAAACAACGACGCUUCGAGCCAUCGCCGGAUUGGAAGCCCCUGAUGAGGGGGACAUUUUUAUUGAUGGAAAUCGAGUCAAUACAUUAUCGCCCGCCGAUCGAGACAUCGCGUUUGUCUUCCAAUUCUACGCACUCUACCCCCACCUGACCGUUUAUGAUAACAUCGCAUUUCCGCUCAAAGCAGUGAAAGCACCGAAAUCCGAGAUUCAGGAACGGGUCAAGGAGGUUACAGCCAUCCUGCAAAUUCAGGCGAUGCUAGAUCGGAAGCCAAGCCAUCUGAGCGGCGGCGAGAUGCAGCGCGUCGCGUUGGGACGGGCAAUGGUCCGCAGACCUAAGGCAUUUUUAAUGGAUGAACCGAUGUCGAACCUAGAUGCGAAGCUGCGGGUAGACAUGCGGACGGAGCUGAAACGCCUGCAGCACAGACUGGGAGCAACGACCAUUUUUGUCACCCAUGACCAAGUUGAAGCGAUGUCGAUGGCGGAUCGUAUCGUCAUCAUGCACCAAGGAAGCCUACAACAGAUUGGAACACCCCAAGAGGUAUAUAACCAGCCGCAGACCGUUUUUGUUGCCCAAUUCAUGGGAAGCCCAUCAAUGAACCUGAUCAACGGCAAGGUUCAGGCACAGACCGCUUUGAAUCCCAAUGUUAUCGGGGGAGGAGAACCCGCCCUGCAUCUGAACCACACAGAUGUCUGGAUUGAAUUAUCGGCAGAACAGAUCUCGCGUAUCGGUCAGUCAGAUGAAAUCAUCUUUGGUGUUAGACCGGAGCAUAUUGUCAUCUCAAAGGAGCCAAUGGAACAAGGUUGCAAAGCAUCGGUGCACCUUGUGGAAGCGUUGGGAUCGGUUAAUAUUAUUGAUAUAUUUCUGGGUGAAAAUCCGGAGACCGGGGAUCUGGUUCUCCUCAAAGCCCGUACACACCCCGCAUUCAAGCCUGAUGUGGGACAGUCCGUUUGGUUUGAUUUCGAUGCCAAACAGGUUCGUCUAUUCGAACCGUCAGACCGAACAAGUCAUUGCUUAAAGAUUGCCUGA